UCGUUCAUCGUCGUCAGUUUCUUCUCUCCGCUCAGCUGUUGACGGGGUUUUCGAUUCGUAGAUUAAGCAAAAAGUCAGUAGUUUAUGGUGUAAAUAGUAUCCAACAAUGUUAAAAUUACUGCUAUCGGGCUACCGAUCGUGUCAACCGAUUUACAGUCAACCGCAGCAGAGUCAUUUAUUGAGGCAGUCUCUGCACACGUAUGUUUUCCGCCGAAAUGAGCUGCUGGAUGCGGGUAAGAGUCUGCUUAGGAAUCGAAUACGCCAUCAGGGCCGAAGGAAGCUGACGACGCAAAGUCAACAGCAGGUCGUGCGAACCGGAGAGAGAAGUUCACAGGUGCUAAGGUUGCUGCUGGGCGGCAGUGCCAUUAGUGUAACCGUCGGAUAUCACUGCCGGAGAUGGUUCGUUCAUUGUGAAGCUCCGGCCAACCGGUUGGUAGGGCACAAGACCGAAUCGGGAACCGCGGGAGUGAAGUUCGAUUGGCGAAAGUUUUGGAGCUACUUGAGGCCGCACUUGGUGAAGCUGCUCGGGGCGAUCGUUGCUGCACUGGCGGUGGCUUAUUUCAACAUUCAAAUUCCCAACAUGCUGGGGGUGGUCGUGAACACGUUGUCUAAAUACGCCAGGAGUAAUUUGAAAGACCUCGACUCGUCGACAUUUAUUGACGAAAUGAAACUGCCUUCGUUGCGACUCUUUGGGAUGUACAUCGCCCAAGCUGGCUUCACGUUCGUGUACAUCCUGUUGCUGAGCCAGAUCGGUGAGCAGAUGGCAGCGAAAAUCCGACAGGAUCUGUUCAAACAGAUCAUCAUUCAAGACUUGGAAUUCUUCGACGAGAAUCGAACCGGCGAGUUGGUCAAUCGGUUGACAGCCGACGUGCAGGAUUUCAAAUCCAGCUUCAAGCAAUGCAUCUCUCAGGGUCUACGUUCGUUUGCCCAGCUGAUAGGUGGAGGUGUUUCGCUGUUUAUGAUUUCGCCGCAGCUGGCCAGUAUCGCUUUGGUGUCGGUUCCGGUAGCGGUAGGAAUGUUCUCCUUUCUGGGGAAAUCACUACGGGCGUUGAGCAAAAAGAGUCAAGCCCAGUCGGAACGGGCCACGGCGGUUAGUGAGGAAGCGCUGUCCAACAUUCGGACGGUCCGAGCCAGUGCGAGUGAAUUUGCCGAAGUGGAACUGUUCCGGCAGGAGACGGACAAGGCGGCGGAGCUUUCCCAACAGCUGGGUGUUGGAAUUGCCGUGUUCCAGUCGUUAACGAAUCUGUUCCUCAACGGAAUGGUGCUGACUACGUUGGUUUUGGGUGGACAUUUUAUGUCCACCAGUUCCAUCAGCGCUGGAGAUUUGAUGGCGUUCCUGGUUGCUUCGCAGGGUGUCCAGCGCUCAUUGGCACAGGGUUCCAUCAUGCUCGGUUCCGUAAUCCGCGGAAUGACGGCUGGCUCGCGUGUCUUCGAGUAUCUCUCAGUUCAGCCCAAAGUUGAUCUCAAACAUGGCCAAAUCAUUCCCGAGUCGGACAUCCGAGGCGAAAUUCGGUUCGAAAAUGUUUCCUUCACCUACCCCUCCCGACCGAACCAGCAGGUUCUGAAAGACUUUUCGCUGGUGCUGGAACCGGGACAAACUGUGGCCCUGGUGGGAGCCAGCGGUUCUGGAAAGUCGACCAUUGCUUCUCUGUUGGAAAGGUUCUACGAACCGACCGGUGGUCGCAUCACCAUCGAUGGCCAUGAUAUCUCGAAUCUAUCCCCGUACUGGCUGCGUGGUGAUGUAAUAGGAUUCAUCGAACAGCAACCGAUCCUGUUUGGAACGUCCAUUUACGAAAACAUUCGCUACGGCCGUCCGAACGCGACGCAAGCUGAAGUUCUAGAGGCGGCCAAGCUCUCUCAAUCGCACCAGUUUGUCAGUCAACUGCCGGACGGAUACGGGACUUCGGUUGGUGAACGGGGAAUUCAGCUGAGCGGUGGUCAACGACAGAGGAUAGCUAUUGCGAGGGCCUUGCUCAAGCAGCCAACAGUUCUGAUUCUGGAUGAAGCGACCAGUGCGCUGGAUGCGUCCAGUGAGGCUAUCGUGCAAAAGGCACUGGAUGCGGCGGUCCUCGACCGAACCACGCUGGUCAUUGCCCAUCGGCUGUCGACGAUACGGAAUGCCGAUGUGAUUGUGGUGCUGGAGAAGGGCCGGAUAGUGGAGAUGGGAAAUCACGACACGUUGCUCAAGAAGAAAGGGCAUUACUUUGAGCUGGUGAAACAGCAGGAGCGGGAACAGAGGGAGGAACAACAGCAGCUGCAGCAGCAGCACCCGAGGGCUUAUGGAUAAGGCAAGACGUUACGGAUGUGAUCAGUAAUGUAAAAGAGGUGCAGGUAUUAAAAUGGUGCGGUAGAAAGUUACUCUUUACAAGGAUUCAAAGAACCGAGGGAAAGAGUCA